AUGUCCCUCGCAUCCACCAUCCUCGGCUUCAGCGCCUUCGGCUUCGGCGCCAGGUGUCUCCAGCUCGGCAUCCAGAAGAGGCCCCUCUUUGCCGGCUUCCAUGGCCAUGCCUAUGCAUCUAUCGCCUUCGGUAUCCUCGGUGCCGGUGCUUAUGAGGCCGACAAGAAACAGCGGGCGCUCCUGGAAAAGAAGAAGGCUGUUCUUCUCGAACACCGUGAAGCUGAGAACAGGGAAUGGGAAGCCCAAAAACAAGCACACGCCGUCUAG